AUGGCAAUGUAUACAGAUCUGGCGGUUGGCGCACCGUAUGAAGGUGAUGGUGGGGCCGUAUACAUAUACCGGGGGUCUAAACUGGGCCUUAUCGAGACUCCCUCGCAACGAAUAACCCCGCAGUUGUUUGGUCAAAAGAUCCAAACGUUUGGCUAUUCGAUUAUUGGCGGCACGGAUAUAGAUGGAAAUAAUUAUCCGGAUGUUGUUGUUGGGAGUAUAGAAAGUUCUUCAAUUGUUGUGCUCAGGAGUCGCCCUGUACUAAAUAUCACCGCGUCGUUAACGACCAGCGAAGAGUACAUCGAAAUUCAACAGCUCUUAAAUCCCGAUAGAAUCAAAGAAAGCAUAUUCAGUCUGAAAGUUUGUUUCACCUACGAUUCACAAUUUCAAAAAAACAACGAGAAUAACACCAGAGACAUACCGAAGAAAUUGAAAUAUAGAAUCAAGUCGGAAACUUUGGCGGGGACCUCAAUACAUCGAGUUUAUUUUUCUGCUUUCAAUGGUUCAUCCAAUGUCAAACACAGUUUAAAUCUCCAAAACCACAAGGCUCCACAAUGCGAAAACUACAACGUCUUUCUCAACAAAAACAACAAGGAUUUCCUAAAUCCACUGAAAUUUCAUCUAUAUUACGACCUGGAUCACGGCGAUGCUCAAGCCACUUCCAAAUCCAGAGAAAAACUCAACGACAUCAACCAACACCCCAUUCUCGAUAUUCAUUGCAAGAAUAUCUCGAAAUCUGUUCAUUUCAGAAAAAAUUGCGUCAAAAGUGUAAAAUGUGUUAGCAACUUGAAAGUUUCAGCUAACAUUGACAAACCUGAAGAAACCAGCAAGAACGAGUAUAAAAUUUUGGUCGGGGAGAAGAAAGACCUUCUGUUACACAUCAAGGUGACCAAUAACGACGAAGAGGCUCAUGAAGCCAUGCUGUACGUGUACCUGCCUGAACAAAUCAAAUACAAAGGGACUGAUGAUCAGGGUAAGAACUACCAAUGCGAGUACAACAACAACAUAGUAUCAUGUUUGAUCGGGAACCCCAUGCCAGGUGUCAACCAUCAACUCACUUACGCCCUGCGUCUCGAUCCUUCGGACUUGAAGCCUGACAUGCAGAACAUCAACAUUACUGUGGCUGUUAACACGACCAGCGCCGAACUUGACAUAUCAGAUGAUUCAUUCACCCUCUUCCUAAAGGUCAUAGUUCAAGCCGAGCUCAAGGUCAAAGGGAGAUCAUCACCAAGUGAUGUUUACUUUGGCGGUGAGGUGAUGGGUGAACAAGCUAUGGUGAGUGAGGAAGAUAUAGGAAACAUUGUGGUACACAGUUACGAGAUGAAAGUUUCAUGGGGAGGCUUGGUUAAAAGUAGCACACUGGAGAUCGAAUGGCCGUACGAACUAACGAAUCAUAAGCAUCUUCUCUAUCUCGUUGAUAUCGAGUACGAAGGGGACGUGGUUUGCAAUCAGGAAUCUCUCAAUAAGUUGCAGUACAGGAGGAACAAGAAGGACUGUGACAGAGGUACAGCAGUAUGCGUGAAUGUAAAGUGUCAUAUUGGGGCACUGACAUCUGGAGAGAGUGUUGUAGUCAAGUUCAUCUCUAGAUUGUGGAAUACCACAUUUCUACAAGCGUACACAGUGAUCAUGCCAGAUCAGAAUCUUGGCAGGCCAAAGAAGAUCGAACUCUGGGUCAUUAUUGCAGCUAUUUGCGCCGGAGUUCUACUACUUCUCAUCUUCAUGCUAGUUCUAUGGAAGUGCGGCUUCUUCAACCGAUUGAGACACGACGAAGCGCUGGUGCAUCAGGCCAAAGUCGUCAAUCAGCCACUCAAUCAACAACUUUAA